GCUGUGCCUUUGUGAAGUUCUCCUCUCACACGGAGGCCCAGGCGGCCAUCCACGCCCUGCACGGAAGCCAGACCAUGCCGGGGGCCUCCUCCAGCCUGGUGGUCAAGUUCGCCGACACGGACAAGGAGCGGACGCUGCGGCGCAUGCAGCAGAUGGUGGGCCAGCUGGGCAUCCUGACGCCGUCCCUCACCCUGCCCUUCGGCCCCUACAGUGCCUACGCCCAGGCCCUCAUGCAACAGCAGACGACGGUCCUGUCCACCUCGGGCAGCUACCUGAGCCCGGGCGUGGCCUUCUCCCCCUGCCAUAUCCAGCAGAUUGGCGCUGUCAGCCUCAACGGGCUGCCCGCCACGCCCAUCGCUCCUGCCUCCGGGCUGCACUCUCCCCCGCUCCUGGGCACCGCCGCCGUGCCCGGCCUCGUGGCUCCCAUCACCAACGGCUUUGCAGGCGUCGUGCCCUUCCCCGGCGGACACCCUGCCCUAGAGACCGUGUAUGCCAAUGGCCUCGUGCCCUACCCAGCUCAGAGCCCCACUGUGGCCGAGACCCUGCAUCCUGCCUUCUCUGGAGUCCAGCAGUACACAGGUAGGGACCGCGGGCGUCUGGCCCCGCUCCUCGGGGGCGCCCCCACUUUUCCCCUUGCCUAG